AUGGCAGAGCCCGAUACCAACCGCGGCCGGACGAGGCCGGACGAGAGCUCUUCUGACGAAGAAGAGGUUACGGAUCCCAAGGCCGACUCCACCAAGGGCAACGGAGAAGGGCGCUAUAGAGCCCGAGUAAAGAAGCAUAAGAAGGGAGCUCAAGAUCCGGUGCGGCCUUUAUAUGGGCUCGGCGAGGUCGUCUACGUCGCAGUUUCCGGCCAACAGGUGCCCUCCGGUCCCUACACGGUCGUCUCGGUCACUGCAAAUUGCCAAUACACCCUGAGACGGCAAGACAAUCUCCAGCCAUAUCCGUACUUUGUGCCCGAAAGCGACUUGCGUGUUCUUUCCUGA